AUGGAAAAGUUUGAUGGCUUUGAAUAUACAAAAAAAGAUCUGAUUGGUCAUGGUGCAUUCGCUAUCGUUUAUAAAGGACGAUAUGCAGAUCGCAAGGAUGUUCCGGUGGCUAUUAAGAGCAUUGCAAAGAAGAGUUUAACUAAAUCGAAAAAUUUGCUCACCAAGGAAAUAAAAAUACUUAAAGAGUUAUCUAAUUUGCAACAUGAAAAUUUGGUAGCAUUAUUGAAAUGUGUCGAGACGCCGACCAAUGUUUUCUUGGUGAUGGAAUAUUGUAAUGCUGGAGAUUUGGGUGAUUAUUUGCAGAAUAAAGUAACACUUCCUGAAAUAACCAUCCAGCAUUUUCUUGUUCACAUUUCUCGGGCCAUUGAAGCUAUUAAUAAAAAAGGGAUCGUGCACAGGGAUCUAAAGCCACAAAAUCUGUUGCUAUGCAAUCCAGGACAACGACCAAAUCCUCCGGCUACGGAUUUAAUUGUGAAACUUGCUGAUUUUGGUUUUGCACGUUUUCUAGGUGAUGGUCAUAUGGCUGCCACUUUAUGCGGUUCACCGAUGUAUAUGGCUCCUGAAGUGAUAAUGUCGUUGCAGUAUUGCGCCAAAGCUGAUUUGUGGUCGGUAGGAACAAUUAUUUUUCAAUGCUUGACGGGGAAAGCACCGUUUCAAGCACAAACACCCCAGGCUUUGAAACAAUUUUAUGAGCGGAAUAAGGAGCUUCGGCCGAACAUUCCAACAUAUUGCAGUCCUUUACUGAAAGACUUAUUGCUUGCGCUACUGAAAAGAAAUUCGAAAGAUCGCAUUGAUUUCGAGGCUUUCUUUUCGCAUCCAUUUAUCAUAACAAGUCCUACGUCCGUAAAGCACCACGAUAUGCCUGUCUUGCCACAACUGAUGUCUUCUCCAUCUCAUCGACUACCAGUACCUGCUAUAACGUCAACUGUUGUCAGCCGUAAUAUUGCAAGUCCAAAAUUAUGUUCACCUCAUCCUAUUGGUUCACGACAUAACACCUUUCCGACAUCAGUCCAGACAGGUUUUGUGUCUGACUCUGACGACUUUACAUUCCUGCCAUCAUUUCACGGCACCCAAAUUCCCCUCGCAAACAGUCGAUCAAAAACGCAUUCGCCUCUUGUUUCUCGGCGACCAUUCUCUACAACCAAUUCAAAUAUUGAUUCACAUUCGGGAAAUCCUGUCAAACAAAUUAAGAUUUUUAAUGCUGCAUCUAAUGCUCGUGCAGUACCGGUUCCAAGCCAGAGGCUAGCUUAUGCAAAAAUGGAAGAAAGACGAAAUGGCUCUUCUGCACAUCAUAAUCAUGUUGCAAGCACUCAACGGUGUAAUGCACGAAGUGUGAUUGAUAGUGCUGCUACCACUACUGAAUCGAAAGUUCCAUCCGUUGAAUAUAUCACCUUACCUACAACACAGUUUAUUGUGAAAGAUUCACGAACUUCACAGUACGAUAUAGCGUUACAAAAUCGAUCACGACGAUAUACUAUUGAUGCAGUUGCAACAACGUCUGCUAGUAGUUCGUCACCAGAAUUAAUCCCUUCUGUUACUGCUAAUAAUGCUAGUGGAGGUUGUAGUCGAAAAAUUUUGGAAGCAGUUCCGGAAGUAGACGGUGUAAAUGUUUUUAGCGCUCUUACUGGGAAUGAAACGGCAGCAAGUAAGGAAAAGACAGAAGUUGGAAAUAUUCAAUCUCUGAUGGAAGAAGAUGUGGGAAAACUGAGUUCACCACACCUCUCACCUAUACCUCCAGUGGAUAAUCUAAAAUAUCUUUCUGUAUCACCACCGCGAUCUUGUGCAUCGCUUACUGUUCGUGCUACUGCGCGAGCUGCUAAUGAAAUUUCAACGAGCAGCAGUCUGAGUGAAGAGGAAGAGGACGUUGAAUUAAGUCAGCCGAUCCAUCUUCCAUUUGCAUCCAAUUUAUGUUCUCAGUCACAGCUCAUGGAAAGCGAAUCUGCAGAUGAGGGAAUUUGUACAGGUAUUCAGGCCGCCCAAGAUGCAUCAAAUACGAAUGCGUCAGUACCAAAGAACCGAAAUACUCUUCCGUCAUUAAGUGAUAUUCCACCAUCGUUGGAGCAGGAAACUCUUAUGGGAGCAGAACAUAUUCAAGUGCUUGCAAAGUUACGAUUUGUGCUCGAAUUAGUUGAGACACUUAUUAAUGUUGCUGAGGAUAGGGGAAAUCUUGUAUCCCUUUCAAUGCCACCACGGAAAAAAAAAGAGCGGUCGGAUGCGUAUCGCCGAGCGGAGCAAUUAGUUGUGUAUGUUCGAGCGCUUCAUAUGCUUUCUUCAGCUCUUCUUCUCGCUCAGAAACAAGUCGCGUCAGAAACUCUGCACCCAUCACCAGCUGUGCAGCAUGUACUAAACCAGCUUAAUGAUAAGUACCAUCAAUGUUUGAUACGAUCGCAGGAAUUAGCAUCUCUUGGGUUGCCAGGUCCAGAUCCUGCCAUGGCAAUAAUAUCAGCUGAACGAAUUAUGUAUAAACAUGCCAUUCAGCUCUGUCAAAGUGCUGCUUUGGAUGAACUUUUUGGUAAUCCACAUCUUUGCUCGCAACGGUAUCAAACAGCCUACAUGAUGCUGCAUACGCUAUCAGAGCAAGUGUCGAGUGAAGCAGAUAAACUAAUUCUUUCGAAAUAUAAGAAUGCAGUUGAGAAGCGCCUUAGAAUAUUGGAAAAGCAGGGACUGGUGCAAGCCAUCAGUACAACAUAG